AUGUUGGAUGCUCUGCUCGCUCAGCGGCUGCAGCAGGAACCGGACCCGGCACCGGAGCGGCGGCGGCGGCGGCGGCGGCGGCACCGCCUCCUCACCCGGCAGCGGCGGCGGCGGCGGCGGCGGCGGCGGCGGCGGCCCCUCCUCACCCGAACAUCAGGGCCCUCCAGAGCCAGGCGCCCCAACAGUAUCCUUUUCGCCUUCCUGCCGGCUCUGGUCGCCGCAGCCUGGGGACCCUGCUGCUGGCCGGGACAGGGUCUGCUGCUUCAGCCCCCGCGCCGGGCUGUGCCGGAGCUCUUUGGGGGUGCCCGGGGGGCGGCGGCACCGCGGGCGGCCCAGGGACCCUCUGCAGGGCUGGGGAAAGCAGCUUCCCUCGGCCCGGGCUUCUGUAGGAUCUGGGGGACCCCGCCGCCCCCUCGGCGCCCCCUCCCCGCUGUACUGGGCCGAACGUGCUGGGGCCGGGACCGGCCCUGCGGGGCAGGCUCCCUCCGUUUGUUGUGCGGAUCCGGUGGGCUUCCCUGGUUGUCACGGUUAAUGCAGAGUGGACUCCAGUGGUCCCUCUGCUGUGUGCCGCCCGUCGGCUCGCUGCCCAGAAGGCGAUCGCAGGAGGAAACGUUGCGGCGGACGCUUCCCUGUCUUUGACCUUUUGAAAGGAAGAGGAAGUGGACUGACGUUACCCGGCGCCCCCAAAAGUCUCACUUCUUGGAAGCGCGUGUUGCCGCCGAGUAUUUUUAAAAGGGCUCUAACUUACUGUUCGUAGUCCUUAGAGCUGGAGGGUACCAUGGCUGCGGGAGAAAACUCUGGUGUCGAACGUGUCUGACGUCCUGUUAGUGGCUCCGGUAGAGCUGUGGGCAGAUUGGAGCGAAAAGACUUGGUGAUGGGAUAUUUUAGUUAACAAAACUAAACCGUGGGGGUUUAGGGAAACACGACCUGCGGCCUUCAUCAUGCACCCCCUCCUCCCCACGUUCAUUGUAUUUGUGUAAAUCAAUAAAUAAUUACUGGCUGUUAGAUGUGUUGUGUUUUUGUGUGUGUGUAUCAUCGUGUGUUUGACUUUGAGAGGAGUAGGGUGGUUGUGCACAUGGGAAGCUGACCGCUGUGAGGUCCACAGAUCAUUUCACAGUCUGUAGUUGGAUUCUUGUCUGUAUCGAUUCCUCUGAGAAGGGAAACGCAUCUCCCUUCUGGAGUCAUUUCAGGUCGUUGUUUGGUUUCUGUCAAGUGUCAUUUUCUCUGCUCCUUAGAUGUUGUUAGUCCGCAUUUUCCACUCCAGGCAGUGUGGCACAGAGGAAGGAUGAAAUCCACUGCAGUGUGGUGUGUGUAGUCAUUUUCGUCAUUGUUUUUCCUUGCGUGAUUCUGUUCAAUUAAGAAUUGUUCACCGAUGAGAAGGUUGCUUGGGGAAGAUUGGAUCACUACCUAGUUUCUGUGCUGUGAAAGGAAAGCAAAUGGAUUAGUUUGCCUACUUCAAGUCGGAGUGGAGUGCUGAAUCUCUU